AGUCUUAUGUAAUUUAAUAGCAAGGUACGAAAACAUAUAGUAUAGUGUUGUAAAUGCACAUUAAUAAAAAAUCUAUAUAUAAUAUAGAUUUACCUUUCUAAUAAUUGUGACAAUGCUUUGUUAUGCAUAUAGACUUCAGUGUAAACGGGACUUUUAUUUUGAUCUGAAGAUGUGACGUCAUAAAGUCGCGCCCCUUCAAGCCCUAACGCGCUCCCUGCAUCUGUUGUGAUUCGGCGGAAGAAAGGACAACGCAUCCAAACACAGGGAAAACCUCCUGCUGAAGCGACUGAGAUUCAUGUGACUCACAAUUAUAAAGAUGGCAUUUAUUAAAGAGGAGAGUGAAGACAAGAAUAUUGAAGAAACAUUCAGAGUCAAACAUGAAGAUACUGAGGAACAAACAAAGAUGGAGUUUAUUAAAGAGGAGGGUGAAGACAUAAAGAUUGAAGAAACAUUCAGUCUGAAGUAUGAAGAAAUUGAGGAACAAACAGACCUGAUGGCACUUAAAGAGGAGAGUCAAGAACUGAAUGAAAUGAAAGACAAAGAUCAAAAUGAGAAACAUCAUGAUUUCAAAACUGAAGAUGAACCGAUUAGUUGCCCACAGAAUGAAAAGACUUCCUCACCAAAAAAAGCUCAAAAAACACAAACUACAAACCUUAGUUCCCACUUAAAAAUUCAUACUGGAGAGAAACAUUUAACCUGCCAACAGUGUGGAGAAGAUUUAAAUCGAGAAGAAAGCCUUAAAUCCCACAAGAAAAUGCACACUGAAAAGCAACCGUUCAUAUGCUCUCAGUGUGGAAAGAGUUUUACACGGAAAUAUCACCUUAAUGCCCACAUGAUCAUUCAUACUGGAGAGAGACCUUACACCUGUAAACUGUGUGGGAAGAGUUUUACACGAAAUCGAGAUCUUACGACUCACGUGAGAGUUCACACUGGAGAGAAACCUUACAUGUGUAAUCAGUGUGGAAGGAGUUUUAAACAAAAUAGUCACCUUAACGCCCACAUAAGAAUUCACCCUGGAAAGAAGCCUUACACCUGCAAACUGUGUGGGAAGAGUUUCACACUAAAUAAAGAUCUGAAAACUCACAUGAAAGUACACACUGGAGAGAAACCUUACAUAUGUAAUCAGUGUGGAUGGAGUUUUACACAAAAUAGUCACCUUUAUGUCCACAUAAGAAGUCACACAGGAGAGAAGCCUUUCACCUGCCAACUGUGUGGAAAGUGUUUUACACAGAAAAGAACACGUGAUGUCCACAUGAUUUUUCACACUGGAAAGAGACCUUUUACUUGCAAACUGUGUGAAAAGAGUUUCCGAUUAAAAGGAAACCUUCAGACUCACAUGAGGAUUCACAUUGGAGAGAAGCCGUUUGUAUGUCAACAGUGUGGAAAGAGUUUUACACAAAAAAAAUUUCUUAAUGCCCACAUGAGAGUACACACUGUAGACAAGCCUUUCACCUGUCCUCAGUGUGAAAAGAGUUUCACAGAUAAAGCAAACCUAAAGACUCACAUUAGAAUUCACACUGGAGAGAAUCCAUUCACAUGUGAUCAGUGUGGAAAGAGUUUCAGAUAUAAUGUAAACCUUAUUUAUCACAUGAAGUUUCACUCAAGAGAAAACGUUUUUAAAUGUCAUCAGUGUGAAAGGAGUUUCACAGACACAAAUCAACUUCAGGAUCAUGUUACAACUCACAUUGGAGAAAAACCUUUCAUGUGCCAUCAGUGUGGAAAGAGUUUCACAAGAGAAGGAAGCCUCAAGAUACACAAGGUGGUUCACACUGGAGAGAAGCCUUUCAAGUGUCCUCAGUGUGAGAAGAGUUUCACAUGUCCAAGCAGCAUGAAACGUCAUUUGCGAACUCAUCCUGAGAAGAAAUGACAAAGAGGUUUAAAAAAAGGAGCGAUUUCUACAAUUAUUUGUGCAUUAAUUUUCAAAAGACAAUUCAAUUGUAUUCAGUGUAUUAUAAUAAUAAUUUGCCUUCACACAUAAAAGUCAUGCAAAAGUGAGACCCAGUUUGUGUUUGAAAUCAAGGCUACGUUCACAACACAGCUGCAUGCAGGCUACAUCUGAUUAUCGCUAAUGAUUUCUUUUACUUGCAUCGCUCAUCUCUUUAAGCCUCACCAUAAGGAUUUUUAUUUUCUUUCACAAAUUUGCCUGCCCAUCCAGUCCUGCUAAUAAUGCUAAACAAACUUGGUUUGCUGUCCCCAGUGGAGGCUCAUACCCGAGGCUCACCUUGAUUUCAUUUGAAUGUUGUAAUAUCUGGACAAGUUUACUGAUUGUGGUACUAUGGAAAUACCAGGCAACUUUAAAUUUAUGAUCAGGAAGAGUACUGAAAUAUUAUUCUAGUUAUACUUGGGUCUGAAUUAAUUUUAAUUGUAUUUAUUUUAUUUUGUUUAUCAGCACAGUUUAUUCUUUGUAGUGCUUCCAGUAACUUUUAUCUACAUGUACGUGCUGUUUCCUCUAAUUAAUUUGCUGCAAUAAACAGUCCUAAGCA